UAGCGCACAUUUCUCGGCAACAUUAGAAGCAGGAUAAAUGUGUUGAUUUGAAGGACAGACGGACAGACUCUGGUAAAUCUUGGCUACAUAUAACUAUUAUAAAGUUAGGUCGUAGUCAGACAUUCAAUAGACAGAGUAACCCUGAGAUAUGAUUCUUUAUCAUGCGCCCGGUUUCCACGAUGGAAUUUAGGUGUAACGUUGGGAACGCAUGAUAAGUGAGCAAACGAUAAUUAACAGAAUACAAAUUGGAGUUGAGCUAUUUUACAAAUAAAAUGGUGCGUAAGCUCGUUUACAUGGGUUUACCCUCCACUACAUCCCCGUUGAUGCGGUGUGCAGCGUAGAGUGCAUAGUCAUUGAUUUUUAUUUCACUUAUAUUUAACUCGGCAAGUCAGAACACAUUGUUAUUAACAUUGACGACCUACCCCGGCCAAACCUUGACGACGCUGGGCCAAUUGUGCUCCACCCUAUGGGACUCCCAAUCAUGCAGCCUGGAUUCUAACCAGGUCCCGCAGUGACGCAGGAGGCGGGACUCUGCACCACUCGGGAGGCGGCUGAGCUGAAACAGAAAGUCAAGUUGUUGUUUUGUACAGGAUCCAUGGUGAGACAACAGAGCAGAAAACACUACAUGGAGAUGACUGACAAAUAGGGGUCAGUGCUCUAAAAUGAGUCUCUCUGGGGAGAGAGAGGAGGGUGGCCCUGUCUCUAAAAUGAGUCUCUCUGGGGAGAGAGAGGAGGGGGGCCCUGCCUCUAAAAUUCAUCUCUCUGAGGGACAUGACACCAAAGAUAAGAGACCAAUCAAGCAGGAGAGACCAGCCUCCCCUGUUCCCAGCUGUGUGUCCAUGAAGAGUGACCUGUCUAUGAAUCUACCUAUAAACUUUAGAGAGGGAGACUUUUCUACUGAACAAAGACCAAUCAAGCAGGAGAGACCAGCCUCCCCUGUUCCCAGCUGUGUGUCCAUGAAGAGUGACCAGUCUAUGGAACCUCCUCUAUACUUUAGAGAGGGAGACUUUUCUACUGAACAAAGAAACCAACAGGAGAGAUCAGAGUCAGAGAUUCUCAGUGGUCAGUCUUCCCAGAGUUAUCAAACAGACCUGGACUCCAUAUUCAGUUUGCUUGAGGAGAAAAUUAUGACAUUUGUGAAGAACGAGCUGAAGAUGUUCAAGAGGAUUCUUAGUCCAGAACUCCCAGAAGGCUUUGAGAGUCAGAAGCAGGAUAAGGAAGUGGUGGAUGCUGAAGAUGAGCAGCAGGAGAGCAGUGCCAGAGAGGGGGCUCUGAAGAUCACACUGCACAUCCUGAGGAAAAUGAACCAGAAGGAGCUUGCUGACACACUGGAGAAAUAUUCAGAUGAGCUUGCUGUGAUUUGCCAACGUGAACUCAAAUCUAAUCUAAAGAAGAAGUUUCAAUGUGUAUUUGAGGGGAUCGCUAAACAAGGAAACCCAACACUUCUCAAUAAGAUCUACACAGAGCUCUACAUCACAGAGGGUGAAACAGGAGAGGUCAAUAAUGAACAUGAGCUGAGACAGAUUGAGACAACAACCAGGAAACAAGCAAGACCAGAGACUCCAAUCAAAUGUAACGACAUCUUCAAACCCUUAACUGGACAAGACAAACGUAUCAGAACUGUGCUGACAAAGGGAGUCGCUGGCAUUGGAAAAACAGUCUCUGUGCAGAAGUUCAUUCUGGACUGGGCUGAAGGAAAAGCAAAUCAGGAUGUCCAAUUUGUAUUUUCAUUUCCUUUUCGGGAGCUGAAUUUGAUGAAAUUGGAAAACACUUUCAUUGAACUUCUCAAUCACUUCUCAAUGGAAACCAAACAAUCAGGAAUCUCCAACUACAACAAGUACAAAGUUCUGUUCAUCUUUGAUGGUCUGGAUGAGUGCCGACUGCCCCUAGACUUCCAGAAGAACAAGAUCUGUUGGGACGUCUCAGAGUCAACCUCAGUCGAUGUUCUGCUGACAAAUCUCAUAAGGGGAAAUCUGCUUCCCUCUGCUCUCCUCUGGAUAACUACCCGACCUGCAGCAGCCAAUAAGAUCCCUUCAUGGUGUGUUGACCAGGUGACAGAGGUACGAGGGUUCAAUGACCCACAGAAGGAGGAGUACUUCAGGAAGAGAUUCAGUGAUGAGGACCUGGCCAGCAGAAUCAUCUCACACAUAAAGACAUCAAGGAGCCUCCACAUCAUGUGCCACAUUCCAGUCUUCUGUUGGAUUUCUGCAACAGUCCUUGAACACAUGCUGAAACAUAAGAGAGAAGAGAUGCCCAAGACUCUGACUGAGAUGUACACACACCUUGUGGUGUUUCAUACCAAACAGAAGAAUGAAAAGUAUAUUGGGAAAGAAGAGACAGGUCCACACUGGAAUAAAGAGAGCAUUCUGUCACUGGGAAAACUGGCUUUUCAACAGCUUGUGAAGGGCAAUCUGAUUUUCUAUGAAGAAGACCUGAUAGAGGCUGGCAUUGAUGUCAAUGAAGCCUCAGUGUACUCAGGAUUGUGCACACAGCUCUUUAAAGAGGAAUGUGGGCUGUACCAGGACAAGGUGUACUGCUUUGUUCAUCUGAGCAUUCAGGAGUUUCUGGCUGCUGUAUAUGUGUUCCUCUCAUUCAUCAACAACAAUGAGAAUCUAAUGGAUGAACUGCAAACAAACGACAAGCCUGAAGUUACUGUCUUCAAGAGUGCUGUGGAUAAAGCCUUACAAAGUGAGAUGGGAAACCUGGACCUUUUCCUCCGCUUCCUUCUGGGCCUCUCACUGGAGUCCAAUCAGAAGCACUUACGAGGUUUACUGACAAAGACAAGAAGCAGCUCACAGACCCACGAAGAAACAGUCAAGUACAUCAAGGAGAAGAUCGGGGAGGAUCUCUCUCCAGAGAGGAGCAUCAAUCUGUUCCACUGUCUGAAUGAACUGAAUGACCAUUCUCUAGUGGAGGAGAUCCAAAGAUACCUGAGCUCAGGAAGUGUCUCUAGACCCAACCUGUCACGUGCACAGUGGUCAGCUCUGGUCUUUGUGUUGCUGACCUCAGAAAAGGAGCUGGAUGUGUUUGACCUGAAGAAAUACUCCAGAUCAGAGGAAGGUCUUCUGAGGCUGCUGCCAGUGGUCAAAGCCUCCAGAGUUGCUCUGCUGUCAGCCUGUGGAGUCACAGAGGAAGGCUGUGCUUCUCUGGUCUCAACUCUGAGGUCAAACCCCUCACACCUGAGAGAGCUGGAUCUGAGUAACAACGACCUGAAGGAUUCAGGAGUGAAGCUGCUCUCUGCUGGACUGGGGAAUCCCCACUGUAAACUGGAGACUCUGAGAAACUGA